UGAGUUUCAAUCCAGAGAGUCGCUGACACGAUGACCACAGAGUCAACAGAUUCCAGAACGCAGAUGUUCACCAGUAUUUAUACCGUCGAGGUUACCGAGAUGUUCACAUUUUACGACAACGACACGGUGGGAGAGCCCGACCCGGACGUGACCACUUGGUUUCCCAUGGAGUUCCAGAUCGGGGCGCUCUGGUUCCUGUUCGCGAUCGGCGUUCUGGGCAAUCUACUCGUGUUCCAGUGGAUGAGGUUUAACCGCCACCGUAAGUCCAGAGUGAAUACCAUCGUCUUAGGCAUUGCCAGUGCUGACAUGUCUGUCUGUCUCUUUGCCAUCAUGGCCACUGCCGUCAUUGAGAUGGCCGGAACAUGGACAGCAGGCAACGCCGUGUGCAAGAUCGUCAUGUACUUCCAGGGUGCCGCUCUAAUCAGCAGUGGCAACAUGAUUGCCAUCAUGGCCAUCGAUCGUCACCAGGCUGUUCGCAGCCCUCUCAGUGCUUUCGUCCCCGCCUGGAAACUUGUGGUGGGGGGUUGGGUGACGGCUGGCGUCCUGGCUUUACCGCAGCUUAUUGUAUGGCUUGUCAAGGAGAAAAGAGGACUCGUGUACUGUGGCACCAACCUAUCAAAGUUCCCUAGCAGACGCACGGCUUAUCUGACCUACGUCGCAUUUAUUACCUUCCUGAUACCUUUCGUCAUCAUCAGCGUGGCUUAUGUACGGCUAUGCAAGACAGUCUGGGAGAAAUCUAGGGAGUGCUCAGGGAAACAACGGGACGGUCAGAUUGAACUAAGGCGCGUCCCCACGGGCACGCUGACCAAAGCCAAGAAGAAGACCCUCAAGAUGACGAUUGUCAUCAUCUCUGUCUUCGUCAUGUGCAACUCCCCAUAUUUCAUAGUGGAGAUGCUCAAGACCUACCGCCCGUCCGUCGUCUCCAGUAACGUCUACACUCUCUUCAGCCUCUUUGCUGUGGCCAGCUCGGCCUUCAACCCCUAUGUGUUUCUCUUCUUUAACGUCACCAUUCGGUUCUGGAAGGAUAUGUUUCCCUGCUUCUCUAAGAGCAGUCCCGAGGCGACCUACAACAGGUACUCAGUCAAGUUUUCAUCGUCAAAUUCCCGCCAGCACUCCAAGUCGUACAGUGAUCCCCACACGCGUGUUACUGACCUAGAAUCGGGUGUAACCAUCAACUGUACCGACUAAUGGUUGAACACUACGGACAACCUUCUCACAAAUGGAUGUUAAAAGGAUUGCAGAUGCUAAUUAUAUCCUUCUCCUGCCUCAAGACGCCGCUAGAUCCCUGCAAUCGACACCACCAAACUCAGACCCUUGGAUGUGAGAAUUGUAAAUUGAGUGAAAGGGGGUUAGUUCAUCAGCAAAAAGACUGAGGCAGAAGGAUUACAUCUGCCUACUUAUAAUCUUGCUGUGAUAAAACCAUGAUCCAUGGUUUAGAUUGAACUUGACGAUUGAUGGAAAACUCGUUGGUGUAAUCGUCAGUUAAGGAUACAUUCAGUUGCUGAUCUUAUCAACCCUUUUUAAAAAUUGUAAGCUUAUUCUCAAGUCUAGUUAUCAACGAUCAAUAACUUCCGUGGAAAAAAAGAGCAGUAAUCUUAACAGCUGCAAAAGCAGUUACAACAAAUGCAUCAGGAAAUAUUUGCAUGAGCAGAAAUCCCGACGAUACCGCGGAAAACAACAGCAUUAGGACAACGUUAAAUGAGAGAGCAUCAGUUCCGACAAAGAAUAGCUUGAAAAACCUUUUUCGGUUGUCCUUUUGUGAUAAAUCAAUUUUAUUGACAAAUUAACAACUAAUUCACAUCACAUGAAAGGUGCAUGUACUUAAAUGUGGCUUUUAAUUUAUCUUCAUGCUCUCAUUCUUUUAGAUUUGCAAAAAUGAAGAAAAAGACACACUAAGAAUGUGUUCUGAGCCAUAGUGGCAUUGUACACAGACAACAAGAAAUCAGCAAAAUGAACUGUGCCGAGUUCUGAUUUGACCGUACCAGUUCCUUAUUUCAAUCUAUACCUUCAUGGUUUUCCUUAAGGGGUGAUGAAUAUCGUCAUGUCUCGCAUAAUUCGGUUUCGGGAAUUCAUUGCUUGAAGGUUCGCUCUUUGACGAGCUGAAUAAGUGAAUCUUGUACGGGAAUUAAAAAAAGGAAAAAAUUGAUCAACAGUUACUCCUUCGGGCAUAAAGGUGCUCUUAGUUUACACGCGAAAGGCGCCGACCCAGCAUACCAAAUUCCAUUGUAAAUAACUCCGGUCUGACUUUCGUUAGACAAGUACAUAUUGUAAAUAACAAUGUUCAAUGUAUAUUCAUCGAAGGCAUGUGAGGUGAAACCAAUAAUCUUCAAAAUAUGGCUGUAUUUUUACAAGAUUGUGAAUUGCCUUAUUCGUCUCAAGGAAGAUACGUGAAUGUUUGAAUGGAUUCUUUUUCGUCAUUCGUAAGAUACCUCGUUGUAAAGUGUAAAAAAAAAAAUAGAUUAGAUGUAUGAGAUCUUCAGAAUCUGGGAGAUGUCUUGUAUGCAUAUAAUUGUCUGAAUAUAUUUUGUCGUGGUUUAGAUCCUGUAUUGUUGAUAUAUAUUCGAGGGUGCGGAACGUUCGAAGUUUACAACCGUGCACAAUUUUCCAAUGUAAAUAACCCGCAUGUUUGCUUGAGAGGAUCUCGAUUUUUCUGGAGCAAUGUUUACGAACCAGUCUGACGAGGUCGGGAUCAUAUAAAAUCAACUUACCGUUCUUCGAAAAGCAAACGUUUGCUCCCAAAUACAUAUGUUUGCCCCUAAAUACAUAUAAUUAUCGUAGAGUUUGGUGGGAGUUCUUAAUGCGAUGAAAUUGUUGAGCGUGUAAGUAUGGAUUAUAGCAAGCAAGGCAAGACCAAUAAGGACAGUGUGUGAAUAUGAGAACAUUUCUUGCGAGGUAAAGAGUGACCUGCUUAGAAUAUUUGUGUUUGCCUCACCGAGAGCGAACCUGUUAUUUAUACCAGUUGCGGCAUUAUCCUUACUUUACAAAAACAAAACCCGAGGAAAAAUACUAAAAGAAUUCAUUUCCAAAACGCGUUAUACGCCAUUUUGUUCCCUUUUGGAAUCCUGCUCUCUCCUGGCUGCCCAUGUUUUGAUUUACCGAAACACCACUUUUCGAAUGAAUUGAUGGUUUUGAAUUUUCAACUAUGAAUUUUUAUCUGUCAACGUAAUCAAGUUUAAAUUAGAUCUUACCAAUCUAUGUUAUCUGUGCCAGAAGGUUCAACUAUAUUCAAUAAGCGAAGGUUAAACUUUAUUCAAUUAGCCAAUUCCGCAAAGCAGGACAAGACGAAAUCUAAACUAAAGUAAAUAUGAUCGAGAUUUUCAAAUCGAUGCAGUUGCAACAAAAUCUUUCCAAACAUCAACCAUAAAAGACUUACUUACGAAUUAAAAUAAUUCGAUUGACGGAACCAAGCUAUUAAUCCGCAACAAAGAUGACCAAAGCAAACCAAGUAAAACCAGAAUCUUCCCACCCCCCACAACGUAAAUGAACAAUUUAAUCUUAACUAUUAAGUUUUAACCCUACAUACUACACCAAACGUACCCAAAGAAAUCAAAUUCAACCAGCUUAAGCAAACAAAAUAUAACUAGACAAAUAAAAAAAAAAAAACCAAUCCAUCAAAUUUCAACGCCAGACUGCCUACCCGAACCAUGAGUCAUCCCAACACACAUCUUGCAAACUCUAUGUCAGUCUCAAAUGUCCAAAUGUCGAUUCAAAUCCGUGGAAACAAAACAAAACACCGUUUACAGAUGAACAGAAAUGUGUUCGUUUUGCCGCAUCAAUUAUGCUGUGCUUCAACUCCAAGCCAAGAAAGGAUGUUGUGCAGUACUGGAUGGGAGCAUUGGCACUGUGAGCGGUGUUGAUUCUGAAACAAGAUGAUGGAUGACACUGAGAAGGCAGUGCCUGAGAUUGGGAGAGAAGACGGUCAAGGCUUCCACGAUUCAAAUAAAUUGAAAUGCACUGAUAUCUGGUUUUUAUUCAAUUAAAGCAACAUGGAUCCCUCGGUGAAAUUUGAUUACUGAGUAUAAUUUGCCGUUUCAGCUUAAGCGUUGCUGGUCAUAUUUUGAUGUUGUCGCCAAAUGGCGGCAAAUGGCAUUCUACCCACCUGGGAUUCGUCCUUGGUUGUGUGAUUUUGAAGGAGCAGAAACAAAACGAAUUGACUAUUGUCAAACGCCACACUUUGUUAACUUAUUUCUUCUGACUUUCAAAGCAUUUAAUUUCCAAGAAGUGCUUUAAGGUGAGUCACCGAGCAUUUAGCAUGCUAAAUAAUUACAUCUGGAGAAUAUUGAAAGUGGGAUUUUGAGAGCGAGAACGAGGUUGGUACGGCGUGUGUUCGUUUAUCCAUAUAGAUUCCCAUGUUGAUGUAGCGAUGAAAAAUAAUUGGGGCACGAGUUAUCAUAGUUUGUAGUAUGCAAUGACCUCCAUUGUUAGUUAAUUCAAGUAACCUUGAAUAGAUUUUUUGAAAAGUUAUGUAUAGGCAGUUUAUAACUUGACUAACCAUAAAGCAACAUUAUUGUUCCGUUUUGUUUGAGGAUGUAAGGUAUACAAUUGGACGUGCGAACAAAAAAUCUUUCCACCAAGAACCGUAAUUGGUUGAUGGCAAAGACUGCCGAAAGACGGGAUAGCUUAGCUAUUCUGUCUCUAGUUCAGAAACUAAGACCUUUCUGCUUAUAGUGCCAGUCGACACAUUACCAGACCUAUAAAAAUCAGCAUCUGGUACGUGUUUAUGUCUGACCCAUUUUAGGUUUUUUUUCUUCUCUUUAUCCAACAAGCCAAAUGGUACAGACUUAUACGGCUGUAUGUAUCACCGACGUUAAAGGUAAUACACAACACUGGUACUUUGCUUUUGCUGUAAUUUUCAGAAAUGGACGGAUUUGGAGGUUAGUAUAUUGUAGCAAAUUAUCGUUCCACUGACCUGUUGAAAGUUUUGUGUCCAUGGAUGCCGACUAAAUAGGAAGAAAUGCUGUUCUUGUAGUCUGGUUCUCUGACCCUACUUCAGACGAAACAGACAUUUAUGGACGACAGGGAAUUGUCGGGUCAGGGAACUAUACAAACUGGCUCGCACCCAUUCACGGAUUUGUAACUGAUGGCAAACAAAAUGUGGACUCUACCUAAAUUUGGUGAAUUGGGGUCAGUAAUUGAAAAAAUGCAAACAUUUCCACUUUUCUUGAAAAUGACAGCAUACCAGGUGCCACUAUUAUUCGCCUACAGUCAAUAAGGUAUUUCGUAAUAAUUUGGUAGUUCGUUGUAUAAUUUUUGCAAAUAAAUGUUGUACAUACCA